GCCGUUGCAAAGGCAUUGCCUCGACCCAUAACUACUACUGAUAUAUUAGAAGAAAGAAUAUUUGAAUGAUAUUGCUGUCGAAGCUCGAAGGCUACGAUCAACGUGAGAAUUUUUGCCAUAACUUUGGCAUACUAUACUAAUUGAGAAACGCAGGUACUGCUGUUACUGAAUAUGGGUUUACAUGCUCGAGAAAUACAGCACCAGUACAAUACACUGGCUUGCCUUCUUAUGGGUUUAGAAGGUUGGAAAACAACAGUUGAACUUCAUAAUGACGCAUUUGUAACUGGUUUGAUUGUAGAAGUAGAUGCGAAAAUGAACAUGGAAAUGCAAGGUGCAAGGUAUACAGAUGGGAAUGGGAAGUCUGUUUUACUGGAUAACUUUCAUGUUAGAGGAAGGAAAAUCCGAUAUGUUCAUAUACCAGACCAGGUAGAUGUCACGAAAUUGAUAAGUGAGAAAGUCACACCAAGGGACUCAAAGCGUAAAAUGACCAAAAAGGGUCUCAUUGCACAGAAGCGUACGGAACAGACUUUAAGGCGAUACAGAAGGCAACAAGAAGCUCAGGUAGAAGCAGGAUCAAUAAGUGCUGAGAGUCCUCAGCCUUCCACAAGCAAAGACUGAAAUUCCCAAAUGCAUCCGAACUCUAAUGUAACCGUGAAUAAAUUCAUUAAGGAAAGUAUAGUAUUUGCUUUUGAGUGGACUAAGCUUUCAAAAAGACAUCUGACAAAAAAUGAUCUCAUGGAAUUGUUGUAAGUAGAUGUACAGAACUGACAAGGUACAUCUAUUGAUUUUGUAGGGUGGUUUUAGGUACAUUUUUACCCAGAAAAGCAGAUGUUCUGUAACGUACUUUUUUCAGUAUUGUAAUGCCGUAUCUGUAUUGUAAUAGUAUUGGCUGUGAUUUUGUAGUUUAUUAAUGAAAUAUUCAAUCCCAAUUUAUAUAGAUGUGUGCUCUUAAGGCCAAGGAAUGACAGUAUCAUCAGAUGAAAAAUUUGUGCAUAUACUUCUGUAAGAAAUAAAACUGCUUGAAUUUUCAGAAAGUCCUUUUAAUUCAGUGUAGAUUCUACUGUUCCUUGCAAAUUUUAGGGAAAAAUACUGUUGCUACAAGAAGUAAUAUUUAACCACAGUUUUUAGUGUCAACUAUAUUGCUAAGUUUUCAUAUUUAAGGCAUUGUUAUAUGUGAUUAUAUUAAAAAUGAAUAGUGCACCAACUUUGUCAAUAUUCUGUAUGAUUCUUGUACAGUUAUAUCGUUAGUUUGUGCUUAUUUUUAUGUAAAUCGCUCCAUUUUAAGUGCAGACAUGAAGUUGCUUCUGUUGGCCAUUAUGUUAUUCACAUAUCUGAUUGGUUGAUUAAUAUUUUCUUAAAUAAUAUGAAUGUUUUGAUUUUCAUCCUCGGCAUGCAUCUAUUUAUGUUAAUUUACUGGUAACAUAGGAGUGCUAUAGCAAAAAGCAAGUGAAUCAAGUAUUAAGCCGAUUUCAGUUUUCCUUCCUGUCUUUCAUGCUUAUGGGAUUAGUUCCUUAUGUGUGUUUUGUUCACACACACACACAGAAUGAUGACAAUAGUGGUUUGCAUUGUGAGUACUUGUUCAUAUUCUAGUUCCCUUCACUCUUCUUUUUAAUUUUUAUCGCUUUCUGAGAUGUGAUUGUCUGAGUUCUUUUUGUUGAAGUGUUCUGUUUGACAUACAACUGCAUGAAAGUUUCUGACUCAUUGAGCUGGCCUAAAGGGUUGAUGGUGUACGGAUUUAGUAUCAUCAGGGUAGUAGACAUUUAUAACUGCUACAUCUAAUUUCCGAGUUCAUAAUGGGUAAGGAAAAUUUUAGCUUGCAUACCGUUUUGUAUUAUCAUUUCCAGUCUUUCUCUUUAUUUGAAAUGUGCUGUAAAUGGAAAUUACUGCAAGGGUUGAAGUUUUGCCAUUUCUCAAGGCCACAUGUCAAGGUGCGAGUGGAGAGUAUGCAAUCACACUGGCAUGUGCAUAAUUGCAUUCUUAAAUGCUAGCUUGCAUUGAGUUCGAGUGGUUUCAUUAUACAGUUCACAUGUAAAAUUGACCAGCAUGAAAAGUCGUGCACUAAUAAAUCCAACACAUUCAAA